UUCCAAUUUCCAAGUCAGAAUCCACCGUUAGCCCCUAUUUCUCAAAAUUUGUCCAUCAGCCAUGAAAAUCAGAAAUCUUUCUUGAUUUUUCUUUUUCUUUUCUCCUUCUAACACUAGGGUUUGCUCAAGAUUUACUCGUAUACAUUCUGAAAGAACGAAAGGUUUGUUAUUUCUUUGUUAUUCAAGUUGAAGUUUUUGCAUUUUAUAUGUUUUUGUAAAUUUGGGUAUAUAGGCAAAUGAUAUUAGGUUUUGAACAAUUGAUUUUGAGUUGAAAUUAGUUGGGUAGAAGAGUUUAGAUAUGUAAAGAUACAAUCUUUGCAUGUAAAGUGUGUCUAGGUUCAAUGGAGAAGACAAUGGAGAUUCUAAAACUUGCUGACCUAAGGGAAAAAAGCAUUAGGAAGUCACUGGAUCAAGCACAUUCACAAGCCUCUUCCAUUCUCUUGUUCACUCUUCAGUGGAAAGAUUUGGAGGCUCAGUUUGAUUUAGCCAGAGCUGAUUUACUAAAGCAGGCUCAAGAACUUGCUUUCAAAGAGAAAACAUUAGUGGAAAAUACCCGAAUGCUUGAACAACGCGAUCAAGACGUUGAGAUUAAGUUAGGUGAGGUUGAAAAAGGGUUGGACGAGCUUGAAAGAAAGGAAAAGAAGUUGGAGUGGAUUGAGGAGUGUGGUUUGGAGCUUAUUUCAAUAGAAAAUAAAUUGAAUUUGGCCCGUAAAGAGGUUGAUGGGUGUGAUGAGAUGCUUAAGAUGAAAAGGGAUCAAUUGGUAGGGGUGCAAAAUGAGGUUCAAAUGUGUAUUAAUGAGCUUAGAGCAAAAGAGAAGCAUCUGCAUAUGGUUCAGAAAUGUGUAGAAGAAUGUAAUGUGGAGCUUGAAUCAAAGGAGAUGAAAUUGGGGUUGGUUAACUCACAGCUUGGGGAGUGUUCUAAGGAACUUGUGCUGAAGCAGAAGGAGUUGGAUGUGGUGAUUAACUUGAUCAGUGAUAGUAAUGCUGAACAUGAGUCGAAAAAGAGACAGUUGGAAAUGCUGCGUGAAUUCAGCGACAAAUGUUCUGGUGACCUUAACUUGAAAUCAAGGAAACUUGGUGGAAUUGAAGAAUCAAUUGGUCAGGAGGUUGAUUUGAAAAGGAAGGAAUUUGAUUCGGUUGAGAAUUUAAAAGAGCAUGCCAUGAACAGAGUUGAGAAUUUGAUUAGGGAGAGUUCAAAAGAUGUUGAUUCAAUCAAAGUGUCGAUUGGAGAAAACAAAGAUAAACUUGGAGUGAGAGAGAAACAACUGGGGUUGAUUGAAGAAUCUAUUAAGAACAACCCGACUAAGCGAUGGUCAGAAGAGAAUUCCAUUAUUUCUCAUCAUAGGCAAGCACCUGAAAUAGGAGAGGAUUUACCAGGGCACCUAAAAUUUGAGCAACCUGGACUUUUCUGCGACAGUGAUAGGUUGUAUUCUUCAUUUGCAAAUUGUCAGUAUAGCACAACUACUGACCAAUGGAAUUCUACUUCAGUCCUAGAGGACGAUGUAGGCAGUCGUGAUUUGGAGCCCCAUAAAGUUUUAGAUACCCUUAAGAUGUCAUCAGACCCGGCAAGAUUUGUUCUUGUUGCGACACAAGAGUUGUAUUCCCAGCAGCAGAAAAAUGCAAAUGCAGAACUUGGCGGCACAAAUAUCGUCAAACGUCAGAUUCUAUUAUUGGAGCAGCUGAUGAAAGUCUCACCAAAAGUAAGUCCUCAAUUGAAAAACGAAGCUAGAGAACUGGCAGUUUCCUGGAAAGAAAAUAGAACACUGGACAAUCAAAAUUCAAUGGAAGUUUGGGCCUUUCUGUUGUUCUCGCUGAUAUAUGGAUUUGUCUCUCAUCUUGGGAGAGAUGACGUUUUCAGACUCCUCUCAUUUGUUGCUCAUCGUAAACAGGCCCCUGAGAUAUGCCGGAUCCUUGGUUUCAAAGCUCAGAUUCCUGAGGUUAUUCACAGUCUUAUUGAAAGGAAUCGGUACAUUGAGAGUGUUAGGUUUAGCUGUGCAUUUGGUUUGAUGGACAAGUUCCCACCGGAAAUCAUCCUGGAACAAUACAUGGAGAAGUUAUUGACAUGUGACAGAAUCUCCACGAAUGAAAAGGAUUUGGUGAAAGCACAGGCAUGUCUAAGCUUUUCUUUCCCCUGUACCGGUACAACUGCCAUCAUUACUAUCAUUUAUCCUUAUUCAUUUUGGAUCUUGCAGGCCAAUGCUAUAGAUAGCAAAAUAAUUGCUCUCCAGUCAAUAUUAGAUUGCCUAGCAGAGUGCAAGUUCGAAUCCAUACUUCUAACUCAGAAAAUAAACCAUUGCAUUUCCGAGCUAGAGAGACAACAAUCUAGCAGUGUAAGCUCUUCAUCGGCCCCUCCCCUUGUUUCUCAACCGCACGGUGGAAACUACCAUCCUAACCCCAGGAGAAAGGAGUCACCUGCACCUGUGGUGCAACAGCAGCCAUACAGGAAGCGUCCUAGGAUGGAUGUAUCAACGUAACAUAUACUUGUAAGUUUACAUCUUGUAAAGCUUUGCUAGAUCAUCUCAUAAUUGUGCAUACUUGUACCUAAUCUUUACCUUUGCUUCUUACUUUUUGUGUUAAAAUCUUGAAGCACCCUCUGGCUAAUUCCAUUUUUUUACUAACCAACAGCUGUUGCAAAA